CGUUGGAUUAUCAAAGAGAGAAGCUGACCCGGCAAGUUAUCACGUGCUGUCGAGCGGCCUUGGUCAUCCAUUCAGGCUUCCGUAAUGCUCUCUUGUAACCGCGAGUUGUAGCAUACGUAUCUAUUACCAUUCGGAUCAAAGGGUCGAACGAGACUUCUUGCCGUGGGAGAAAGCCUACGAGGCACAGCUGUGCUCCAAUCCUUCUUUGAGGGACGAUGCUGAACCUGUGAUGCGCUUGCCAUCCACAGCCAUGGCCACAACUGCAGCAUCUCCUCAACCCUCACAACCUGCGCGACCCCCUACACCUCUUGCUGAUACCUCUACCGCCACCGGCACUGACACCGGCACGGACACCGCUGCUGGUGCUGGUAACGAUACAGGUGCGGCCAAUGGAUUCGGUGUCUUGCAACAUACUGGCCCGCCGGUACAGGACGAUAUCCCAGGCCUUUACAGAGACGGACGUGUACGCAAUCCUGUGCCCAGUAAGCUGAAGGGCAAGACCGAUGCGACGAAAGGAAACUUUGGAGUGAUGCAUAUAGACCUAACAACUACCAACGAAAGUCGGGAGCGUGAUGCCGCAGCCAAACGCACGAGUGAGGGGACGCAGCUUGCGGCCAGACUGGCCCAAACGGACCGUUACGUUCCAAUCAGGCGGAGCAAAUUUGUCUAUCGACCAGAAGUACAUGCCUCGAGUAGUCCACCGCAGCUCAACGCUCCGCAGCCGAACGCACCGCAACUCAAUAAACCGCAGCAAAAUGCACCACAGCUAAAUACACCGCAAUCCAAUAAACCGCAACUCAACAAACCAUGGCCCCAUACACCGCAACUCAAUCCACCGCAGUUGAAUGGACCGCAACUAAAUACACCGCAGCUGAAUGUGCGACUCAAUGCGCCGCAGCAAAAUGCACCGCAGUCCAAUAAACCGCAACUUAACAAACCAUGGCCCCAUAGACCGUCGCUCACUACGCCGCAGCUGAAUGCACCGCAACUCGAUACACCGCAGCUCAGCCGACCGCAGCUCAACGCGCCAUAUAUUCGAGAGCCUGUUGGAGAAACAGCCCGCCAGGGAAAGAGGACCUCGGCACCCACAGCCGCGGAGACGACAGCUGAACAAGCUCGACUCUUGACUCUGUUACGAAGCCUGGACCCUGAUCUGGUUGUUGACCAGCUCUGCAAGGGACUGGAAUUCUUUGGAGGAGUUGCCAACGAGCACACAUCACCUGGCGGGUCAUUUCCGGUCAGCGCCGAGGCGAAUGGGUCUGGGUCUCUGUUUGUUGGCUGGCUGGCAGAGAUCUUUCCGGCUCUAGGCCAGGAGCCACUACCGAGCGCACAAAAGCCGAACUUGAGACGACCACGCGGUCGUCCCAAAGGAAGCAGAAAUGCGAAGGGAAAGCAAGUUGAUCAUGUUGGGCAGCGAGUGGCUUCAGGAGCUCGUGCAGCAGGAGCAACAACGCACAACAGUGCGGUUGAUGACACGGUGGAAAGAGCUGCGGUUGAUGAGACCUGGGUCGAUGUUGAUGACACUAUCGCAGAUACUGACGGAGAGAACUCACAAAUGAACGUCGAGCGGGUGGUAACGACUCCAGCUUCUAGUCGGGCAGUAUUCGGCCCAGGCGCUUCCGGUGGAAUGCCGGAAUCUGGCUCCACCCAGACCUCGACAAUCACGCCGACCCCUAAGCGAAGAGGGAGACCUAAAGGCUCAAAAAACCGACCGAAAGAUACGGCGCCCUUAGCUGACGAUGCUCAUGAGGAUACAAAUGGUGUAUCUGAGAGCGCGGCAAUAGUACAGUCAACGCCAGUUAAUCCUCCCGAAUCAUCAAGCACAACCGGCGGUAUUGGUGAGCUCGGAACAUCGCACGUCAAGAAACGUAAGGGAGGCCCUGGCCGUCCUAAGGGGUCCAAAAAUCGACCGAAGGAAUCGGUAAUUGUGCUUAACCCUCAACCUCAACCACCACCGCCUACAUCGGUUGCAAAAGACCAACGAAGUGAGCCACAGUCCGCCGUAGUGGGUGAUUCGGCUCUGGCGGUGCCUGCUGCUAAUUCCACAUCAUCUACCCGAGACCAACAUCACGAUGUAGAACCAGGCAAUCAAGUGAAUGUGGCCUCUCAGCCGGCCUCGGAGACUAUCAGCGAAACUGCUGCCGCGAAGCCACAAGCCAGCGAAGCCUACAGAGCUGCAAAGCGCAAAAGGAAGGCUUCUCAAGAAGGCAAAAACAGUGAUGCCGGUAAUGAAUCGCUGACAGCUGCCUUGGCUUCAGAUCAAACUCAUACCAGUGGGCUUACUGCAAUCACCAGCGAGAGCUCUUCAUCGCCCCAGAUGACCCGGUCUCAAGGAUCACGAGUUCAGGAGCGCACGCAGGCCCAUCAGCCAGUGACCAAGAGACAGAAAUUACCGGGUCAUCAGCACCAAGAUACUGCCUCAAACAGCCGAAUGACGCAAGUUAGCCAGAAUAGUCAAACUGGACAAAGGGGCCAGCGCGGGUCACAAUCGAUAGGGCCAAUGCGGACAACCCUUCAAAACAAUAGCCUCAUAGAUGCAAAUACUACUAAUUUGCAAAGGUCAAGGAAUCAGAUGAGCGGCUCUGCAAACCGCUCAUCGCUCCCACAGCCCGUCAACACGCAGCAACCUCAGUCUGAUCUGCGACCUCGAUACAGCCAGAGCCUCGCAGCCUCAUCCGCCAGCCGAGGAGUCGAAAGGACCGAGGCAGCGGAACCCUACUCGUUGAAUGUAUCAUCAAGGCAAGGCGUGUACGAUCAAGGUGGGUUGGCUCAGGAGCAACAGCAACAACAUCUCUUUCAUCAGCAAGAGCAACACCGGCCCAUUUUACAGAACCGACCUAAUGGCAGUCAGCACCGCCUUAGCAGCUCGGGUACCGGCCAGAUUCCGUCAACACUAGGGCAAAAUGGGGACAACUAUACAGAGUCUACAAGUGACGCAGAGUAUCACGGGCUAGUGGGCCUUCAGCAGCCUACGUUUAGCACCCACAUGACCGGAUCCGCGAGCACGCGAGAAGACAACUACCGUUCUUCGACGCCACGACCAAUACAGCAUCAAUCUCCCUCAUUUCACGCACGGGAGGAACACCCAGUGCAUAAUACGGCAAUGUCGUCUUAUCAGGACUAUUCCGACUCGGCUUUCUUGGCGAGUCUGACAACGGCUAAUCAAGCCAGCUUGGCAAUGAGCCCUACACAAUACAAUGUCAACGGUGCGGAGAUGCAGCGUGCAUCGCCGAACAUGAACUCAACGUAUGGCUCCUCACAUUUGGGCCAGUCGUCUUUUGAUGGCAGCAUGGCAGAAUCUGCAAUGAGAGAACGCAUGUAUCAGACUUCUAGACGUCAGUAGAUAAAGACGUAGCUGCAACGAGCGCCCACCUCUUGCGCCGCCUCUAGGUACAUUGUGUUAUUGGCACCUUGCCCCGACUGACUCCUAUGAUUGUCACGACGGCCGGUGUCAAGGGCUUAGGCUAGAUUCCCUGCCCUCUACCUAUGGGGGCGCGCCACGGAAGACUUGCGCCAAACAUUUGGGUGGCCUUCUCAAUGGUGAUUCAAAGCAACAUCUGGCACAAAGAUCAAGCUAGGUCGAUGCGCCUCCAUCGCAUGGGUGAAGAACGCGUACAUGCACGUUGGUAUUCCGCCACAGGC